AUAAUAAGAAAAUAAAUAACACAAACAAGAAGAAUAAGCUACUAGGGCCCUUACUAAAUUAAACUUUGCUAACUCAUGUGCUGCAACAUUAUUGACGUAAAAGCAAAUAAAACUUUUCAAAAAGAACCAGUAAAGGCGAAUAUAAGAAUAUAAGAGGUUCUUCCACUGUAAAAUUUUUAUCAUCCUCUGUGAUUCCUCUUACCAUCAAUAAUGAAAUGCUUCAGGAGACAUUUUACUUAAAAAGUGAAGUUAACAUCAAUCAAGUGUAUAUCCAUUUUUUUAGUCAAAACAAGAAUUGUUUGUUUUGAGGGUAUACAAUGAAGAAGAGAGAAAAUUUCUUGGCAUUUUACUUUUUGUUGGGCUUUGGUUUUCUGCGGUUGGAAUAGACAGAAAGAGGAAGAACGGGAAUGCCACAAAAAUGGUGUGCAAAGUAAAUUAAGUUGGAGAGAUUCCAAAAAUAUUCGGAAGUCGUUGUUAAUGAAUAAGUUAGAAAUUGUGAGGUUUGAUAUUUAUAUUUUACACUCAAUUACAAAUUGAAGUAUGUAGAGAUUCAACCUGUAUAUAGCAAGCAAUAUAUAUAUCCACAAGCAACACACAACCCACAAAAAUCCACAAACAAACAAAUAUUGAUGAAAUAGAAAAUCUCAUAACAAACUCAUGAAAAAUCUAGAGAGAAAAAGAGACAAAACACAUAAAUAUAAGAGAAGAGAGAGAGAGAGAGAGAACAAAAAACACACAAAUGUUUUUAUGUGGUUCGAUCAAGGUGAUUUACGUCCACCGACAAACAAAGAGAUGAUGAUUUUUCAUUAAGAGCAUAGUACCAUUGAUGGGAUUUUGAGAUGAUGAUUUUUCACCAAGAGCAUAGUAACAGUGAUGGGAUUUUGAAAAACCCACUGUUUUUCUCUCUAAAACCAGUAGAAAAGCCUCUCAUCUGUUAUGGUUCGAAUUUCUAGGCUAAUAUAUCAUUAAAGAGGGGCAAAAUCAUAAUUUUAUUUGUUUUUUUUCUUGCUUUCUUUCUCUUCCCUUUAUCACCAAACCUCAUCCCAUCAACUUCUCAUGUUCAUCGUUAAUUUAGAAUAAAAAAACAACAAAGUGUUUAUAUAGUUCCAUUUAUAAAGUCUAUAAAAGUUAUUGGACAAUACACUAGUAAUACAAAAACUUUACAGACAAAAAAGGAAGAAAAAGAAAAAAAUAAAAAAGACCUAAUAUCAUACAUAAAUCUUCUCAUGUUUUCGGUCUAUUAAGAGCACUAGAAAAACACAAUAACGUACAAUUUUUUUUUUUCUUUUUUGAAAAUCACAAGAAAGUAAUGACACAGACCCAACUGGAAUACGCUCAUCGAUGCUCUCUGUCACUGCUUUUACACUCAUAAUAAUUACUCUCUGCCAAUGAAAGAGGUCUUUUUCUAAAAAAGCUAUAUAUAUAUAUAUAUAUAUACAUAUAUAUUAGAAUUUUCUAGUUACUUUCCAAUUAGGAAUGAGCUAGGAAGAAGGGUACCUGAGGUUGCUACCUAUAAAACUUUCCGAGGGAAUGAGCUACGAAAGUGGCCUAACACUCGCUUACAGAGGCAGUCAACGUACGGAAAUGUCUGCGUCAAUAUUUAACAUAAAAUUCCCGGUCAGACUUGGUAUGUAUAUGUGGAUGAUAUAAACUGUAAUAGAGCAAUUGUUUGUAAUAAUUUAGAUCCCCUAAUUUAUAUUCUUCUAUUCCUCCCCCAAAAUAUGGAGAUUGGAAAACCCUCUUCUUCACCAUUCAUAGGCCCAGGCAGAUUCAUCCUUCUUGUUUUGAUGGUUUUCCAUCUUCAAACUAGCUAUGCAAAACAUCAUGAUCAUCAUCUUUGCCCUGCAUCUUCAUGUGGAAAUAUACCCAAUAUAAGCUACCCUUUUCGGCUCCAAACCGAUCCACCAAACUGCGGGAAGAAAAGGUAUGAACUAUCAUGUGAGAAUAACAACCGUUCUACUGUCUUAAACUUGUAUUCAGGAAAAUACCAUGUCCGUGCAAUCAAUUACGAUAACUAUACAAUCCGACUGGCUGAUGUCAAUAUUGACAAGGCUAAUUGCUUCACCGUACCACUUUACUCCUUGGCCGCAUAUAACUUCACUGAUGAAUCUCCAUAUUCAGGAUCAUUUUUGAAUGAUAACGGAAAAACUUUGGAUAACAUCUCACUUUCAGAGGUUAUAAUAUUCAUCAAGUGUGAAAAUCCAGUUGAGUCUCCUCUGUAUGUACCCACUGAACCAUGCAUUAAUAGUAGCGGUGCUGCUAGUACUACCUUAUCCAAAGAGGAAUAUUACUCUUAUAGGAUUCUUGCCGCAUAG